GUAUUGGUCAUCAUCAGACCUCGGAGAACAGGGGAAGGAACCUUUCCCUGCUUUUAUUGCUCUACAAUGUCAUCUCUUCCUUUCAUUCUAGCCGUUGCUCUCUCCUUCCCUUCCCUUCUCCUUCCUAAAGAUCGGAUUUUGAGACGAUGGUGACGAAGAAAGGGAAGAGCUUUGCAGUGGGAUUCUUCCCAUCUUGCUCUCUAUCGCCGGUCGGUGAAGAGGACAAGGCGCGCUUUAGGUACCAGAGCCUUCUUCUAGAUUAUGAAGAGUUAAGAAAGGAAACUGAAUCAAAGAGGCAGCAGUUGCACAAGGCCAAUAUGAGGAAGCUAAAGCUUCGUGCCGAAGUCGAAUUCUUGCAGACGAAGUAUGCUUGCCUAUUGAAGAAUCCUUCAGGAAGAACACAAUAUAGACUCAAAAAGAAGAGACCACAGAUUAGGCCAUUCGAAUCGCUUCGCAAUAGUUGUUCGAGUACCGUUAUCGAGUGUCAAGCUCGUCUUUCAACCGUAAGAGAAGAUGAUCUUCCUAGGACUUCAACAAUUAUAGACUUGAACCAGGAAGCCGAGGAAAUGGAGGAGUUUCAGGUCACUUGGGAGCCCUUAAAAGCAGAUACAUUGAAGAGUUGUUCCAUGAAUGGAGGAGAUGUGGUGGCUAAUGAUCUGAAGCUUCCGAUUUGCUGAGACAUGGGAAUCAGACCAGCCAUACUGAAUAGAGGAAAAUUACAUGGCACAAUCAAGUAGCUCAAGGAUUUAGGCUCUCCUCACUUGUAUAGUGUGUCUGAAAUGGAUCAUCCUACUGUCUUUUCUCAAAGGGAAAAGAAGGCAACUCAUCUAAUUUCACUUCCUACGUCGAUAAUGUAACUCUUAGCAAUGGCGUUUGUCACUUUGAGAACGAUAUGUAUCAAUUUCCUCUUUUUCAAGAACGAUACUUUUACCGAUA